ACCAGCAUCUGUUUUCCUUCAUUCACACUUCAGAAACAUGUUCUGAGAGAAGCGUUUUCUUGUUAAUGGUGGUACAUUCUGCUCCCAUGAACUACAAUAAGAGAGAUAUGAUUCGAGCAACUUUCGGGUCUGUUACAUCCUACAGAGACAAACACCUGGCAGUUGUCUUUAUUUUGGGAACUGUUGAACAACAAACCCUGCAGGAAUCCAUAAACAAAGAAUCACAACUUCACCACGAUAUUGUUCAAGGUAAUUUCCAGGACAGUUAUAAAAAUCUCAGUAGGAAACAUAUUAUGGCCAUGCACUGGGUCAAAUAUAACUGUAACCCGACGUAUAUUCUUAAAUUAGACGAUGACACAUUCGUUAACCCUUAUAGAAUUAUAGAUUAUUUACUAAUGGAAAAGCCUCAGGGAAUGACGAUGCAUUGUAAAGUCAUCUAUGGUGACCGACCAAAUAGAAGGAAAAAAUCUAAAUGGUACACGCCUGUAUCCCAGUAUCCAUUUCCCAAAUUACCACCUUUUUGUCUCGGGUUUGCUUACAUAACAACACCAACAACUUGGAACGCCUUGUACAAAGCUUCAGAAACUUGCCGCAUCAUGGACAUGGAUGACCUGUAUGUCAGUGUUGUGUUGGCCAUGAAGGCUGGAGUGAAGAAGAGAAGCUUCGAGAACUUGCUGUACAACUGUCCUAAACCUGCUUCAAGGAUGACUGAGAGAGUGUUGAAUGCGAAAGCAAUUGUUUUAGACAGAAGAAACAAGUGUGGCGAUAUUCCGUUUAAAUUCUUUCCAAGACUGCAAGAAAUGAAUGAUUUUGAUUAGCGAAGUUUCAUUGU